AUGUUUACAGAAUCUUGGCAACUAAUUAUCAAGAGUAUCAACGUACCAGAUAUUAUAAAAGUCAACAAUGAUUACAUUAUUCUUGACUGCGAUUAUGAUCUGGAGAAUACAUCGAGCCAGGGCCUCGUCGUCAAAUGGUUUUUUAAUACUAAUCGAGUAGUUUACCAAUGGAUUUAUGGCAGACAACCAUUAGCAGACGAACCAGCUGCAAAAUAUGUCGAUUUAACAUACAAAGCCAGCGAUGAUCCAUAUACCGAAUACCGAGCCAUGAAAUUAAAUAAACCAGGCAUUGACCUUACUGGAGAGUAUACAUGUGUUAUAUCUACAUUUGAGGAUGAAAGAACGGCAAAUGCAUCAAUGAUAGUGUACUCGACAGAAGAAAAAUUCGAUCUUUUAUACAGGAGAAAGACUGUAGAUAACAAAGAUGGAGUCGAAAUAACAUGUCUAGCUGAAGGACUUUACCCCCAACCAACUUUAGAUAUCUCUAUCGAGAAUCUAUCGACUUACUCUAUCGAAGAUACUCUAGAGAAGCAAAUUGGGAGCCCCAGCGUAAGACUGCGUGACGAUGGAUUAUAUAAUAUUUUAUCACGCGUUGCCUUACUGGAUGAAGAUUUAUUGGAAGCAACGAUUGUUAAAUGUUUACUCAGCAUACCGAAAGCGGCAUACAAUGUGUCUCGCAAAACUGUCUAUUAUAUUGGGACGUUUACUACUACUUCAACUACUACAACGAAAUUGCAUCGUAAAAUGGAAAUCCAGGCCUUAGACAAAUCAGAAUCUGGUAAUAAUGAUAAUUCUGCUGGCUACGUGUCAAUUAAUCUUCCAUUAUUAUUUAUACAAUUAACAAUUUUCAAUGCGUUUCAUCAAUAACUCAAUAAAUUACACCGACAUAAGAUGCGAGUGCGGCACGUAUGAAGAAAAUUAUAUGGAUUCUACAUUGAACUAUUAUGAACACAUACACACACA